AUGAUCCGCCGCUGCUACUACCACUGCCCGCCGUGGUUCAGUACCGGUCUCGUCACCCUCGUCCGCUGCAUCCUCUGCCCCGACCCGGCGCGUCGUAUCACCAUACCGCAGAUGAAUGAAAAUCUUUGGUUCAAGGACUUCAAGGAGAUCCCACGGAGCCUUAGCGAGCCCGAGCUGCACGACUCUGACUCCGAUUCUGACGAUGAGUCGACGGCGUCAUCUACAUCGUCAUCUACAUUGUCGGGGGAUCCGGCCUCACCGAUCGCGUGCCCCAUGCAUACCUCGGUGUCAGCGCCGUCGCUGACCCCACUCGAGAGUACGGGUAGCGUCGCCGUCCAAGCCCAGCCACAUAUGCGCCGUCCCAAGAGUCUGAACGCGUUUGACAUCAUCGCGUCCUCGCCGAGCCUCGACCUGUCCGGGUUGUUCCAGGACCCGAGCGAGCAGAUGCGGUUCGUGUCCGCUGCGCCCGUGUCCAAGAUCAUCUCCAAGCUGGAGGACAUCGCUGGGCACGUCAGCUUCACGGCGCGCACCAAGGAGUACAAGGUGAGCAUCGAGGAGACGAGGAACGAGAGCCAGGGCGUGCUCCUUAUCUCUGCCAAAGAUCUUCGAACUCACGCCUGA